AAGGAGGCGUGUACUUGUAACUUUUCGCUGACUGCACCUCAUUGACAGAUUCUUUUCAGAUAAAGCCAUCUCGAGCUAUUUAGAUUCUGUCUGCUCCUCUUGCUUUUUGCAAUGGCAAAGCAACCUGGACUAGCAGGAAGACACGAUGCUGACAUCAACGAGCUAAGGUACCAGUUAGAGGAUAAAGACUCCGAAAUUACUAGGCUCAAGAGUACUCUAAGUAGUACUAAUAAUGAACUAGAGCAUACUAGGAAGCAGCUAAUGGACAAGAAAGCCCAGUACAAUAUGAUGGAGGAGAAUAUGACAGAUCUUAAAGCCGAUGUUGGUAAAUGGAAAUCACUAGCUAAUAGAAAGGGUUCCACCGGUGGUGGUGGGAGUGACUAUGAUCCUAACAUGAUAAAUCAAUUGGAAAGGACUAUAGAGAAUCUACAGACUGAAUUGGCUCACACUAAAAAGCGUCUUUACGACACAGAGAUGGCACUUCAAAGAGAGAAGGAAGAAAACUCAAGGAGAGAAAGAAGACCAUCUGGACCAGUGGCAAUGCCCAGCACUGAUCACUAUCGUGUACAGAUAAAGCAUGCUCAAGAUGAGAACAGUAGACUGACUGAUCAGUUGCUGGAUCUGAGAGAUGAGAUGGAGAGUCUGAGGGUCACUAACUCUGAGCUUAAUUAUAAACUACAGGAGGGAGGAGGAAGAGGAGGCCAUUAUUCUUCGGCUGCUGGCAUAAAUGAUGAGCAGAUACAUUACCUGAAGAAAGAGAUUGAACGUUUGGCACGUGAGAAUCAAUCGCUAUCAGAUACCAACAUGGCGAUACAUCAACAAGCUGUCAUAUAUGAGGACGACUUUAAGAGAGAACGGCAAGAGAGAGAAGAGGCUAACAGUCGUUUCAAAAAGGCACAAGAAGAAAUACAACAACUUAGAAGAAACUUGGAUGAAGCAAGGCGUGGUAGGGGGAGCUUUGGUGGUGAGGAAUAUCCUGAUGAGCCCCUCAACCAGUCCCAAUACUCUCAAAGUCAUGCACCCUAUCACCGCACUUCAGAGUCUGAGAGGACUCCUAACAGAGGCUACACUGGCUAUAAGAGCCCACAGCAGGAUGAACAUGGAAGGGAUUAUUACUAGGAGUAUCACUGAGCUACUACUCAUGCAUGCACAUAACGUGAACCAUCACUGAGUUUAGUUAUUAUUAUUAUUGCUAUUACUAUUAGCAUUAUCAUUUUAUUAUGUCUCUUGCUUUUUCUUUAUGAUUAUUAUUAUUGUUGUUAUUGUGUUCUGUCUUGUUAUUUUAGUAGCCAUGACAAAUAAUUAUUAUUUGCAUAGCA